CCGUAUUUAACAGUGGUUCUUAAAAAUGAAAACCAAAUGAUUAGGGGUUAGAUUUAUCGGCACAGAGCGGCUUUUUUAACAAAAGCAAGCCACUGAAUUCAAUUGUAGCAAGCGUUGAGACAGAUCUUGAAAUGGGUAAAAAUGGAAGAAGGGUUGGUGGUGAGAAUGGCGAAUGCGAAAAUUAUAAUGAUAAGCACGUGAAUCCUUGUGAUACAAGACGACGACGACAAGGUAAAGAGGAAACACAAGGAGGAGGAGGAGAAGAAGAGGAGAAAGAAGGAGGUGGAGAAUUUUUCGCGUGCUAUCUGCUUACUUCCCUUAGCCCCAGAUAUAAGGGACACACAUACAUUGGAUUUACGGUGAAUCCAAAGCGUCGUAUUAAGCAGCAUAAUGGUGAAAUGACAAGUGGAGCUUUCAGAACAAAGAGUAAGCGCCCUUGGGAAAUGGCUCUUUGCAUUUAUGGCUUCCCUACCAAUACAGCUGCUCUCCAGUUUGAGUGGGCAUGGCAACAUCCUACAGAAUCACUUGCAGUAAGAAAAGCGGCUUCUAAAUUCAAAUCAUUGUCUGGAAUAGCUAAUAAGGUUAAGUUGGCAUUUACGAUGCUCGCAUUAUCCUCCUGGCAGAGCCUGGAUCUCACAGUGAACUUUUUCUCAACAAAGUACCAAAGGCACUGUGCUGGUUGCCCACCUUUGCCUGAGCAGAUGAACAUCCAAAUGUGUUCUAUGGAUGAACUUCCAUGUUAUACAGGAUAUGAGCAGAAAGUGUAUCAUCAUGUAGGGUCAGACAUUGAAGAAAGUGAUGGAUUGGCAAAGUACAAGAAAGGAAAAAAUGUUGGACUUGGCUAUAUUAAAGUCAAGGAAACAUUAGACUGCAACACUGGUCCUAACUCAGUAGACUGUAUAAAGAGGGCUGAAAAAAAGACUGCUGUUUCCACUCAGAAUAUAAGCAGGAGUGAUUUGGUUCAACCAAGAAGCACCCUACUAGAAUAUAAUCAUCACCCACAGCCAUCACGUACUAAUAAACCCCUGGAGGAAGUAGUUUCAUGCUCUCAUGUAGCAGCUUUCCAGGGAAGUAUCCUUUCACAGGGAAAAUCGUGCAGCGCUGAACUGAUUUCGCCAGCUGAAAGAGACAUGCCAAAUAUAAAUGUAUUCGGGAAAGAUGAAGUCUUAAUUGUGGAUCCUACUGUCCUUUCUAAUGUUGAAGUUGUAGAUCUGUCUACUCCAGAGACUGGCUGUAGAACUAGGUUACACGCCAAGAACAGACGAAAUGAUGAGUCAAAAUUUAUCGACUUAACCAAGUCCCCAGUUUUUGUGUAGUUUAAACUUGAUGUAGCAGAGUUGCCGCUAGUAGUAUAAUGAGCAGCACAGAGAAACACUAAAUUCAAGUAAGGGGCCGUUUGGUGAGGGGUAACCAAGAAAGGAAAGAGGAAUCAGUCUCAUUCAUUCCCUUUGUAGGUGUUUGAUUUGUAAAAAUCGUCAUUCCCUUUCUCCUAUUUUAGUAAUGGAUUUUGGCUGUGUUCACUUGGAUGGAAUGAAAUGAGGGGAGAAUAGAAUCAAAAAUUAUAUUGAAGUUUUAAGAAGAAAGUAUGAGAUGAUAGUGACAAAAUAUGAAUGUAUUCAAAUUUCUUGUGAGAAAGAUUGUAAAGAAAUAUGAUGUAGAAAUGGAAUGAGUAUUUUUUCCAAAACAUGUGGGUUAGAAUUAUAGUUAAAAUAGUCGGAAUGGAAUGAUUGAAGGAAUGAAAGUUAUAUACAUUUUCUUUGAUCAA